AUGUCGAAGUUUGAUCAACUGGUGCGAGUUCAAACUGACCGCAUUGAGUCUUUGAAGCGCUUGUUCAGUAAUGUGAAAAAGGACUCGAGUGUGCGGAAAACGGAAAUAUAUUUCGAAAAACGUUUGAAUCAAAUCGACGAGUAUAACAAAGAAUUUCAUCAGACGCAUCACACACUUAUAUGCAUGGCAGACUACGAAGAAAUUGUGUAUAAGCAACAAAAUACAAUCAGCCAAUUCGAUGACCUAGGCAUGGAAGUUUACUGUUUUGUGGCAGAAGAAAAGAAACGAAUCUAUCCAGUUACAGUGACGCACAACGAAUCAACUAACUCCACAAUAACAACACAUGUAGAGGAAGUACGGGUACCAUUGCCAAAAUUACCAGUUCCGAAAUUCUCUGGCAACUGCGCGGACUGGCCAAGUUUUCAUGAUGCAUUUUUACGCUUGAUUCACAAUUAUGAACGUCUGGAUAAGAUUCAAAGGUUCCAUUUUUUAAAGGAAGCAUUACCAAUAGGCCUGGACAACGACAUUCGCCAAAUCGCUUUAACUGAAGCAAACUAUGAAGUCGCUUGGACCACACUCCUACAACGGUAUAACAACCCACGCAUUUUGUUCGCCAGCCACAUGAACAUGCUCUACAACUUACCGAAUCUUUCUAAAGAAAAAUCUGCUGACAUACGGUAUAUGGUUAGUACAGUCAACGUCUGCAUUGCCGCUUGCAAUACCGUCAAGGCGCCACUACAGGGAGGAGAUUUUGACUCAUUAUCUAACAACCAAACUACCUAA